UUCCCAAGUGACAUUUUCACCACAAAAUCAAAUUCACCAUUCCUCCAUUUCAGCUGGUGGAGGGAAUUGGACAGCUAUGGUUAGAAUAUCGUUUUGGUCAGGUCGCAUAACAAUGUUGUGACGUCACGAAUUAGAAGUGUCAUGGGUACCUUCGUGAUGCUACCUUUUUUGUUAUAGAUUUGUUGCGCGCAAAAAAAACAUGUGUGUGCUUUUUUUUCUUGCUUGCGCUGUUUCUUUUGUCUUUCUUUUUCUAUCGUUCGUUCGGGUUCAGCCUCUCGUUGUUCCUUAUCCGGUUUCGUUCGGCGUUCGGUGAUUCUUUUUUCACGCUGAUUUCUGGAGUAAAGUGGAAGAUUAUUAUUAGAUUCAUGGGUACGUACCUCGUUGUGUUUGAGCAGCGCUCAUGGCUCACGGCUAUUCUAGAUACAAUAAGGGAGUCGCAAAAUAAAUCGACGGACCGGUUACCUAUUGCAUCAACAUCUCCUCCUCCGCUGUUCAAUAGUGAAAAAGCUUCCUUGAUAGAUUCCAGACCAAUUCAAAAAUUGCCGGUGAUGCCAGGGAUUCCAUCAAAAUUGCAGUUAGGAAAGCAUACAGGACCAUCAUCAUCCUCACACUCCCUUCCAACCCGAACACUGCCGGUAAAGCCAGAGAUUCUAUCAAAAUUGCAGUUAGGAAAGCAUACAGGACCAUCAUCAUCCUCACACUCCCUUCCAACUCGAACACUGCCGGUCACGCCAGUGACGGUAACGCCAACAAAAUUGCAAUCAGGAAAACAUACAGUACCAUCAUCAUGCUCCCCUACUCCUAUAUUUGAUCAAAACUCUUUACUUAAUUCUCCACGUCUUAUCCAAAAAUCCAUAGCAUCAAAGAAGUCACAAAAAAGAUCUUCAACAUCGCUUAGUUUUGAUCCUCCACAAAAAAAAGUUGCAUGCGUUACCAAUCCUUGUUCUCCUACUAGUAAUUCCUUAAACAAUACUGCGACCAUUUCUUCGCUCCAAGCUAAUCGAAUAGAGCGAAAGCUGGAUGUAAUAUGCGAAGCAUUACGAGAAAUAACUCCCGAAAUCCGCAUAAUAAUGAAUAGCGUUUGUGCCAAAGAGCAUACUUUGCCACAUAACUUUGACAUUGAAAAAAUAUGGAACGAAUCUUCUCUUAUUGAAUUUAACAGUCGAUUAGAAAAAGAUACGUUGUUUAUGGGCCACACAAUAACACAACUAGGGAAAAUAGUAGGCUGCAUAACUGAUGUGGACAAAAGAUUAAAAAUUGUGUUAGAUUUGUUAUUUGACAACUAUUUUUUGAGAAAAUGUAGUUGGACAGGACGCGGUAUUCGUCAGAAGAAAGUACAACUUUCACAAUACACAUAUGUGCUACAUUUGUUCAAGUUUGUAGGAGGAACGAAGUUCCUCGAUUUAACGGACGAACAUGUUAAGAAUUUUUUUGUAAAUAAGUUGUAUAACUGUGGGCCAAAACACGAAGAUAAAGGAGUACAAUGCACGGUAGUGUCAUCAAGAGAUAGCGACAGCGAAAAUUUAGACAUAGAAUAUGAAGACUAAUUGUUGAUUACCUUUAUUUUUUUCAUAAGGAACGGCCAAGCCGUAUUUUUGGAUUACUUGUAUUAAAUGAACUUAAAUAAAGAAUUGAACUAACAAUAAUGCCAUCGUUUCGAUUUGAUUUAUUACAUUAGUCGAUUUGAUUUGAUCA